AUGGAAGAAUUGCAGAUAAAACCUUCGGGCAUAUUCAUGCAACAGGACUUUGUCACGCCUGAACAUGAACAAAAGCUCGUGCAUAUUUUCGAGAAUGAGUUAGAAUGGCCAACUCGUCCAGGACGACUGUCACUACACUAUGGCUACACUUUCAGUUACAAAACAUUUGGAAUCGAUGAGGAGACGCCCUUUAAACCCUUUCCAGAUUGGCUAGUACCUCUACUACCGACUACCGAAAGCCGUCCACCAGAUCAAGUCUGUCUUCAACAAUACGCCCCAGGCACCGGAAUACCACCUCACGUCGACACCCAUGGCCCAUUCGAUCAACUUUACUCUUUAUCUCUUGGAUCACCGCUCAUGAUGCAAUUUGCCAACAAAGAGACAGGAGAGAAGAUCGAGGUGGAUUUGUUACCUCGCAGCAUGAUGCAGAUGAGUGGUGAUUCACGAUUACACUGGACCCAUGGUAUCAAGUCUCGCAAGACAGAUACUCUACCUGAUGGUACUGUCAGACUACGGCAGCUUCGGUGGAGUCUUACAUAUCGAUGGCUUCGACCUGGUGCGGAAUGCGAGUGUGGCAAUGAGAAACUCUGUGACACGGCACAGCGACGAAAUGGAGUCGAGAGGGAAUACCGAUGGAAACAAUACGAAGAAGAUGCAAAGAAAGACGAAACUGUCAAGGCCGUGUAG